AUGCCAGAGGUCAAUGAUGAGUCACCUAGCAGCUCAUUACCAGCUUCAGCCCAACAUAGCAACAUAACCGGAACAUCUUGUCUUCCAUCAAUGCCCCUGAACCUGCCACAGCAAAACAGUCCCCAGAGUGUUGUUGCACAGGACUGUGCUCAGUCGGACUGUAAUAUUGGGACCAAGAAGUCGGAGUACAAGCAUGAACAACCAGCUAGAGACUGUGUGCCGGUGACUGAGGAUGCACUGGAUCCUAACUGUCAGGAGACUUUACCAGAGAAUGGAGAGCUUGAUGCGAGCCCUGAUGGAGCCCAUGGAGAUGAUGUUGCCAGCCCUGUUGGAUCACAGUCCCAAACUUCUCCAAUUGCUAUGGACACACCACAGUCUGAGAGGGUUCAUGAAGGCCACUGCUGUAUCUCUACAGUGGAGGAAAAGUUGAGACCACAACAUGCCAAUGAAAAGGAUGCUGAAGUUAUGCACAACAACCCACCGACGUCCAAGCACCCAAGAGUUGAGACUGAUCUCCCUCAUUCAAGACAAUCUGACCAGCUAAAAGUUGAAGAGAAGACAUUUGACAUUGACUAUGCGUUGUUUGCAAGCAACAAAAUAUAUCAAUUAUCAUUUGAGUUAACUGCAGAAAUAAGGGACAUACAUUCCAGGAACAUGCAGGGCAUCGCAAUUAUUCAAAGUACCAAUGACAGUAGGCCUACAUGCCAGAUAUCUCCAGUGUCUGAACUGAAAACCAAACUGUCCUCUGGGUGCCAAGAGCCUCCUUCUCCAUUCACAAUACCCAUCAUUCUAAAGGGCAAGCAAAACACCAGAGGUGAGUAAGGCAAUCAUAUAGGCUUUCAAAUAAUCGUUCAAAGUAUUUACUCUGAAAAAGGAACAUUGUUGUUUUGCGACUUCAUGAUUGCCUCCCUGAGAUCGGCAUACCUGAAAUUUGAUAAAAGGAAUCUGAUUGGCUUGAGUAUAACUUCGUUUGUCAUUCAGAUCCGUCAGUGAUGACCACAUCUGCAGACUCCCAGAAAGCUCACAGCAUCCCGACUUCCCACAAGAGAGUUCAUCAAGGGAAAUGGAACACCAUCAGAGAAACCUUUUGUGAAAUAUCAAGACAAAAAGUGAGUUCAUAUACAGUAUCUAGGGAGCAGAACUAGUGAGCAAAUCUCGCAACAAUGCAGAGCAAUGAAAUUAAAAAGUGUGCUUCAAGUAUUCUUCUUUUCCAAAAACGUUUCAGCAGGGUGAAAUAACAGCAUUUUUCUCAAUUAGAGGUUGAUGGAGAACAGCAGGAAAUGGUCCCAGUGUAUUCAUCGCGUAGAGGCCCCCCAACCAUGCUUGGGGAAUGUCUAGAAUGUUAAAUCAACUCUUCCGCAUAAGUUUAUAGGGAACUCUCAGACAUAUCUGUCAAAUGACAAGUGACAGAAAACAGUUCAAACUAUUGCAGAUCAUUGUUUCCUGUAAAUCUUUUUUAUUUUGUAUCCAGGCCUCUGGUUUGAGGGUCACAGAGUCUGAGUCUUAAUGUUGAGGGUCACAGAGAUGCUACUGUGGAGGGGUUGGGAUUUUCAACGUGUGUUCAACACAUAAAACUCACAUAGCUAGAUAGAGAAUGGAGUGGCUGUGGGAAUAGGCUACCUAAUGAUACUUUGCUACCUCUCCUCACUCACUCACACACACUCACUUACUCUCUCGUCACAAUCAUCGCAGUGUGUCAGUCUGCUGUUUAUUAGAGCCAGGUGCUGUGAAUUGAGAAACAAUGAGCAUGAGUUACAUGUAUGAGGGGAAAGCACCUAAAGAAUUUAAAGGGACAAUUUCAACAAAUUGAAUCCAUUAUUUAAGCCUAAAUGGCUCAUAACUAAUUGUUUUGUAGUGCUUUUUUAUUUAUUUUAUUAGUGGAAUAAUACAGUAUAGGGAUAAUAUACUCUACGUGUUGAAAGUAUUGUAGGCUAUUGUCCAUGAGUUUCAUGCUUGUGUCAUGUUUCUGUAGGAGAGCCGGGUUCAUAUCCCUGUCAGCUCUGCGUUGCCCAACAUCCCGACCCCUUCCACUAUGGACAGCAGCAGGUUGUGGCAGGACUACCCCAGGACCAACUCCUCUCCCUGUCACCCCAGCUUCUGCUUCUGGUGCUUUUCCACCCAGCUCACAGGACAACGAGGAGUCAGAGCAAUCUAACAUCAGAGCCCAAAUUGCCAAGAUCGAGCAGUUCCUGUGCUCCGAGAGGCUGAGACUCCCCAAGAGACUCAAAAUGGAUGAAAGUGAAACUACGCAGUUAUAA